AUGUCCGCCAACCCCACCUCUCCCGGCCCCGAAGCAACGGCGGCGGCGUCAACGGCGCCGGUUGAUAGCAGUAACAAGCGAGGAAGAAGGCGUCGUCUGAUCGGGGUAUCCACCAAAAUGUAUUUUUCCGCCUCCCGGACGGAAGCCUUCACCCGGUCCGUUGUCGAGCUUCUUUCCAGCCCUACGGAUACCCUAACCCUGGGUGAUGACGAUGUCGACAUCUUCAUCAUCCCCGACUUUGUCACCCUCACGUCUGUCAUUAGUAUCAUACGAUCUGCUCCUGAGGGGUCGGUGGCGAGAAGGAUAAGAGUAGGGGCGCAGGAUUGUUACUCUGAGGACUUUGGAGCUUAUACAGGGGAGGUUAGUCCUGCGGUUUUGGCUGAGGUUGGGGUGGAGUUUGUGGAAUUGGGGCAUGCGGAACGGAAGAGGUUGGGGGUGGUGAGGAAUGGGAUGGUUCCGGUGAUAUGUGUUGGUGAGAUGAGGAAAGAUGGGGGGAUUGAAGGGGCGGUUGGGAGGUGGUGA